GCACGUUAAGCCGUAGUUCCCGGAAGUUAAUACCCUCCAAUUCGGAUUGGGCCAGUGUGGAGGGUCAUGGCCCAUCCUUCUUAGCCAUCCAUAACGAAGACCUGAACCCCUGUAGUAAGGACGUAAAAGGGCUGAUGAUGAUUAAAAACUUAACACAGUAACACAACAGCCAAAUUUACUUGAAACUCGUCAUAUUCUUAUUUCAGGCAUUAACCAAAGAUUCUCUGACAGUAUCAGUAGAUGCUGUAGUCUAUUAUAAAGUGCACGCUCCCAUAUCUGCAGUUAUGCAUGUUGCUGAUUACAAGUAAGAACUUUAGUCUGUCAGUACCAAUCAUGAACGUAUAUCAUAUGUGAUUAUGAGGAAUCGCAAAUAAAGAAAAUAGUAUAAUUGUAAUGUAUAUAAAUGUAAAUGAUUUAACUGUAGCAUUAAAAUCUUUUUUUUAACCAAGAGUCACACACAGCAAAGACUGUAAUAUAAUUAACUGAAAUAUUUAUCUUGAAAUUUAGUAGGAAUAACAACUAUUAACCACAGAUCAAAAACUUGUAACAGUGGAACAGAUUGUAAUAUGUACACUUUAGCUAUUUAAUCUUAUUGCUUCUCUUCCUCUAUAAAGACUCAAGUAUGAGUACAUGUCAUGAAAUAUUAAUUGUUACUCAGGUCAUCGACUCAACUAUUAGCUGCUACGACACUUCGAAACGCAAUAGGGAAUAAAAAGUUAGUAGAAUUAUUAAAAGACAAGCCAGCUAUGAACAAACAGAUAUUGAUACAGAUGAACAAAUUCACUAACAGAUGGGGUAUUCAGGUUCUACGAGUUGAUAUCAAAGAUAUUAGGCUGCCAAUUCAACUUCAAAAAGCAAUGGCAGCUGAGGCAGAAUCGUCCCGACUAGCGAACGCAAAAAUAAUCGUAGCUAAAGCAGAAAUAGAAUCCACUGUGAGUCUCCAAAAAGCAUCUGCGAUAUUAGCCGAGAACCCAUUCUGUAUGCAGUUACGAUACCUCCAGUCAUUACAAAUGAUAUCGGGAGAUAAUUCCCACACCAUAGUAUUUCCUUUUCCAACGGAACUAAUAAAAAAGCUGUUUAAGUAAC